CGCAACCAACGCGAUAAACCCUAGAUUUCUCUUCUUAUCUUCUUCAAACCCCUAAACCCUUUUGAAAUCCACUUCAAAUGUCUAAGCUCUUUUUUAUUUCUUCUCUCUGUUGAAGAAUUUUGUAUUCAGAUCCAGUUCCUUUGUUUGGACAGAGUAAUCACGGUCGAUUUUCUCUUAAUCUAUGUUUGAAUUAUUCUCUCUUUUUUAAACAGAUUUUGUUGAAUCAACCGUGUUACUCUGUCUAAUCAGAUGUAUUGGAUCAUCAACCUUCGAUUCAGUUAGCCAUGAAAAUGAUGAAGUGAAGGGCGAUCUAUUUUCCUCCACCAAUAUCCAGAGAUAAGCAAAUUGCCGGAAACCGGUAGUCUUGCAAUCGGCAACAGAAAAAUCAAAAUGAAAAAGCGAUGUGAUGUGAUGUUUUUCUAUCCUUUUCGUUGUUUCUAGAUCUUGAUUGCUGCAAAAAUGGUGAAACACGUGGGCCUUUGGUCAGCGCUCACUGCUUUCCAGCUUUCAGGGAAAUUCGAAAUAAGGGAAUUACUAAAACCGCGCAAAUUGGGAGAUGUAACCCCUGACACUUACAGGUUGAAACUCGCUGCCCAAAGCUCGCAUUUCUAAGCUCAUUGCCUUCAGACAAUGCCCUUUCGUCGUUGAAUUGUUGACCUCAAAACUUAUUUCUUUAAUAUCAUAUGGAAAAUCUUCAAUAAAACCUUCAUUUGUUUUUUUUGAAACAAAAGAUCCUUUUGUUUUCUUUUUUUCAUGUCUCAUAUCACUGAAGAGGGCAACGUCUUCAAACAAUGCAGCUCAUAGAAAGACUACCUAAAACCCCCAAUGUCUCUCUUUUCACUCAAAACACAUCUCAAAUUUCUUCACCCAAUGCGAAAAAGAUCCCUCUUUUAGUUCACAACGAUUUCGAGUUUCACAUUAGGCAUCAAUGUAAAUCAGGUAAAAUCAACCUCAACGAUGCUUUGGGUUACAUUGACAAGUUAAUAAAGGUUAAGCCCUUUCCGUCUACUGAUACUUUUAAUCAUGUAUUGGGUUCUGUUUUAAAGCUUAGUCGUGACUCUAAUGUGAUAUCAUUGUAUAGGAAGUUGAGUUAUGAGGGAAUUAAGCCAAAUUUAUGUACUUUGAACAUUUUGUUGAGUUCUUAUUAUCAUUUGAGGCGUAUUGACUUUGGGUUUUGUGUUUUGGGUGAUAUCUUUAAGAGGGGUUUUGAGCCUGAUUACGCUACUGUUGGGAGAUUGUUGAAAGGUUUGUGUGUCGAAGGGCAGGGUUUGGAAGCAGUUCAAGUGUUUGAUAAAAUGCGUGAAAGAGGAUUUCAAGGUGAUGUUUUUACAUAUGGGAUCCUUAUUUAUGGCCUCUGUAGUAUCGGUGAAUCUUGUCCUGCUCUUAAUUUGUUUAGGAAGAUGGCUAAGACGAAUUGUGAGGGGUAUUUGCGUAUAUAUGGUACAAUAAUUGGUUCACUUUGCAAAAAUAAGUUGGUUGAUGAGGGACUCAAUUUAUUCUUUGAAAUGGUUUCCAAAGGGAUCACUCCUGAUGUUGUUGUUUAUAGUUCUUUGGUUAGUGGAUUGUGUAGUUUAGGUAGGUUAAAGGAAGCUGUGAAAUUUUUCGAUGAAAUGAUUGAUCGAGGAAUCGCUGCCGAUUUGAUCAUGUACAACUCGUUAAUUCAUGGUUUUAGUCGAGAGGGAAUGUGGAAAGAAGCCAUAAGAAUUUUCGAUAGGAUGGUCGGAGAAGGAAUAUCUCCGGACGAAAUAACUUUCACAACCUUGAUUAGUUGUUUGUGCAAAAAGGGGAUGGUAGUAAAAGCUCAUGAAAUGUUUGCAUUCAUGAGGCAAAAAGAGAUGAAGCCAACCUUGUUUACUUAUAAUUCACUCAUGGAUGGAUUAUGUAGGGCAGGUCAGUUAGAUGAGGCAGCUAAGCUUUUCAGGUCAAUACCGGAUCAAGGUUACGAGGUCAAUGUUAUAAGCUACAAUAUUAUGAUUAAUGGCUAUUGCAAGAGUCAGAAGAUCGAUGAAGGCUUCCAGUUUUUUCGGGACAUGCAGUUUCAGGGUUGUAAACCGAAUGCUAGAACCUACAACACACUUAUACAAGCACUUUGCCGAGUAGGGAGGGUGAGGACGGCAAAAAAGAUGUUCAAUGAGAUGUAUGUUUGUGGUAGUCAAUCUCCUACAUCAUUCACAUAUACUAUAAUGCUGGAUGGACUCUGCAAAAAUGGUCAUGUCGAUGAAGCAAUAGCUCUUUUUCGUUCCCUUGAAAUUACCAAAUAUGAAUCAAGCAUUGAGCUAUACAGUAUACUUAUUUAUGGAAUGUGCAGAACAGGAAGAAUGGAAGAAGCAAGGAAUAUGUUCAAUGAAAUGUCACGAAAAGGGUUUGUCCCGGACGUUGUAACAUAUAACAUAUUGAUUGAUGGUCUUCGCAAGAAAGGGAUGUUACUCGAGGCCAAUAAAUUGAUCGUAGAAAUGGAAGAAAAAGGUUGCUUACCUAAUUCCAUUUCCUUUAACAUCAUCAUUCAAGGUUUUCUUCGAGAAAAUAACAUCCCCGAAGCCAUGAAUCUUCUCAAAGAAAUGCGUAGGAGGAAUUUCGCACCAAAUGAAGCUGUCACUUCCUUGUUACUAAACCUUGCUGUGGAGGAUUCGCAAUGUCGUGCGACCCUAGAGUCACUUCCAGUUCCGGGUGCUCUUAAACCGGAAACUUUUCCGGGUAAAAGUCUUUAGAAUGUAAAGCCAAAGCGAUCCUCAAGGUUAAUAAUCAAGAUGUGCCAUCCCUCUAACAUGUCUGUAGAACUGGCAACCUUCUUGGAACAAUUAGAAGGAUGGGAGUUUGAUCGGUUUAUGUGUGUAUUAUUUACCGGUUUAAAGUUUGGAAAUAUAAAUAGUAAUAAGAACUAUAUAAAAAAAACAUUCUUAUCUUAUAGUACUAAUUUUGCAGUUUUGUCCAAUGGAGAGUAUACUGUUUACUUCAA